AUGACGUCGAUGAGUGAUCUUACGCAGGAUUUGGUAGAAGAGAUAUUGUCCAAGGUUCAUACUUCUCUUGGAGCAGUGAGAGCCACUUGCAAAGGAUGGAACACUUUCUCCAAAGAUCGGAUUCUAUGUACAGGAGAACCAAAACAGCAGUUUCUGGGGUUCAUGAUGUUGGAUCGUACGCUUUGUUCGAUGAGGUUCAACCUCCAUGGAAUCCUCAACGAAGAUGGUGAAGACUUGGUUAGUAUAUCAAUGUAUCAAGUCGAGAUAUCUAACGUCUUUUACUGUGCCGGCUUAUUGUUAUGUGUCAGUGUCACAAGGGACAAGUCAUCAAACCUCGUGGUAUGGAAUCCGUAUCUAGGACAAAUCAGAUUGAUCGACCUCAAAACAGAAACAGAAUCCACGUAUGCCCUAGCCCUUGGAUAUGACAAAAACAAGAACCACAAGAUAUUGAGGGUUUUUGAUAAUGACCAGGGCUACUACGAAGUUUAUGAUUUGAAGUCUAAUUCAUGGAGAGAUUUUCGUGUCAUUCCCAACUGGGAUAUAAUGUGUCAUCGGCAGGGUGUAUCAGUAAAUGGAAAUACUUACUUUUGGACCACAGAAGAUUCCGAUGGAGAUGAAGCCCCUGAUUUCUUAAUCUGCUUUGCUUUUACAGAAGAGAGAUUUGGAAAGUUGCUUGAUCUACCGUUUCAGCCUGAUUAUGAUGAUUAUGAUUAUUUUGGAGAUAGGGGUGCUGUAUCUUGUGUUAGAGAAGAGAAAAUCGCUGCGGUAUAUCACCACUGUGAUGCAUUAUUGUCUAUAAUAGAGAUUUGGGUUACUACUAAGAUAGAGCCCAAUGCGGUGUCGUGGAUCCCCUUUUUAAAAGUUGAUUUUGAGCCACUCCUUGAUUAUGUGUUUCGUAGAAGUCACGACAGUUUCUUCAUAGACGAAGAGAAGAAACUCGCGGUGGUUUUUAGUUCAAGCAGGGACGACGUACCGAAACGCUACCAAAACGCUUACAUCAUUGGAGAAGAUAGUUACUUAAAAAAAGUGGAUCUUGGAGAAUUUAAAGCAUAUCGUAGCCCACUUGUGUGUUCUAGCUCUUAUGUUCCCAGUUUAGUGCAAAUUAACCAAACUGCAGGACCCAAAAAGAGAGAGAAUAAGAAGAAG